AAUGCCACAGGGCCGGAGUUGAAAAUAUUCACGUUGACUGAGGUCCAACCCUGUCAUUGUUUCGGUGUUUAUAUUUAUAACCAUAACCUCAACUAGUGUUUGUUGAUUAAUGUCAUUUAUUUCAUUAGUCAUUAUCUAUUGUGAAAAAUUCUGAUAACGAAAUCAUUGUCAUUAAAUCUGAAAUAGGAGAUCAGUGCCUUAUCUCUACUGACAUACCUACCUUCUGUAUAAAGUAUAUGAUAUAUGAAUGAUUCACAUUUUAGUAUGAACUAUGAGUGGUUAUAUUUUUGCUUGAAUUUGGUAAACGUAUACAUUUCUCGAUAAUCUCGAUUUGAGUGCUUGCGAAUUUUACUUCCUUCUUAUAAAUAAUAAACGAUUCGUAGUUCCCGAACUUAUAAUACCGAAAAAUUCGCAGUCAUAUGGUUUCCUCGUGAUAACAGUUUCAAAAGAUAACAGUGUAAUGAUGAUCUUGUGUUCCAAUAACAAGUUGAAGGGAAUUUAUCAUCUAUAGUUGAUUAGACUUACCGUUGAUUCAUUACAAGUUUAAUUUUUAGUCAUGAUCAAAUAAUUUCUUAUAUCCGACAUCACCAUUUCGUACUGCAGUUAAAUUGAUAGGAUGUCUACACUGUGGAAAGUUUUAACUCGGAGAAAAGUAUUGGAUACAGAUGAAGGAAGCGAAACGCCUCUAGCAAGAGUUCUGAAUACUUUUGAUCUUACAGCUUUGGGUGUUGGAAGUACACUUGGGGUUGGGGUGUAUGUUCUUGCUGGUCAAGUUGCAAAAAAUACUGCUGGACCUGCAGUAAUAAUUUCAUUUCUUAUUGCUGCUAUCGCUUCAGUUUUUGCUGGAUUAUGCUAUGCAGAAUUUGGAGCGAGAACACCAAAAGCUGGUUCUGCAUACAUAUAUAGUUAUGUAUGCGUUGGAGAAUUCAUUGCUUUUGUUAUUGGUUGGAACUUGAUUUUGGAAUAUAUUAUAGGCUCUGCUAGUGUAGCAAAAGGUCUGAGCUCCUAUGUUGAUAAUUUAUGCAAUGGAUCAUUAAGUAGUACUUUCAGACAACUAGCUCCUAUAGAUGUGCCUUAUUUAUCUCCAUAUUUUGAUAUAUUUGCAUUUACCGUUCCCAUUAUUUUAUCAAUUGCCUUAGCUUUUGGAAUGAAAGAAAGUAGUUUGUUGAAUAAUAUAUUCACCUCAUGUAAUAUUGGAGUUGUUUUAUUUGUAAUUGUCGCUGGGGCAAUGAAUGCUCAUUGGAGUAACUGGUUUAUCAACCCAAAUGAUGUGAAGAAUGUGACGAACUCAACCAAUUUAGGACAUGGAGGUUUCUUUCCAUUUGGUAUACAAGGGGUCAUUAAAGGCGCAGCAACAUGUUUUUACGGUUUUGUCGGAUUUGACUGCAUUGCAACAACAGGAGAAGAGGUGAAAAAUCCGAAGAAGGCUAUUCCGAUAGCAAUUAUCUCUUCAUUGCUCAUUAUUUUCUUGGCUUAUUUUGGAACAUCUACUGUAUUGACAUUGAUGGUGCCGUAUUAUGAACAGGAUCCCACUGCACCUAUUCCGUUUGCUUUUCAAUCAGUUCAUUGGUAUACUGCUGCUUAUAUUGUAACUGGAGGUGCUAUGUUUGGACUUUAUGCUAGUUUGUUUGGGGCUAUGUUCCCUCUGCCUAGAAUAUUAUAUGCAAUGGCUUCAGAUGGGCUGAUUUUCAGAUUUUUAGGGAGAAUCAAUCAAAGAUUCAAAACACCAGUAAUUGGUACUCUAUUAGCUGGUAUAUUUACAGGUACGAUGGCUGCAGUUUUUGCUCUUGACUCUUUGGUCAAUAUGAUGUCAAUAGGAACUCUUUUAGCAUACACCAUUGUGGCAGCUUGCGUGCUUUUGCUCAGGUACUCCGUGAAUGAAAAAGGCUAUAUGCCAAUUCCUGGAUCAUCCGAUCCAGAAGGAGACAGACAUAUAGAAAAUCAUAAUAGGGAACCCAUAAACGCCAGUGAAGAAACAGCUUUAACUGAUACCACCGAAGAAAGUCCCAGUGUAAUAAGACAAAUUUUCAACUUUAGCAAGAUUGAUAUACCCAACAAAAUUUCGCAAACUAUUGUUACUGUGGAUAUUUGUCUGUUUUGUAUAUUAUGCUUUAUACUUGGACUUUGUGCUUUAUAUCUCAAGCACGAUAUUGUCAAUGGAGAUGUGAUUCCAUUGAGUGCAGUAACUGUGAUAUUGAUUUUAAUGUCUUUAACAAUGUUGUCAAUUUCAAGUCAGCCAGUAUCCAGAACCACCUUAUCAUUCCAGGUACCAUGUGUUCCCCUUAUACCAGCUUUGAGUAUUUUCUGUAAUAUUUAUCUAAUGGUUAUGUUGGAUAUAGCUACAUGGAUACGAUUCGUGGUGUGGAUGAUUUUAGGUAUUCCCAUUUUUUAUUUAACCCGAAGAUGCUUAUCCAAAAUCGACGAAAAUAUCACUACUGAUAUUCCUAUACAAGGUCAUGUAAAUAAGGGGUUUUAUGGUGAUAACUUGGUUUAUUCAAAUGGAUGUGAUGCAAAUCAAGAAAGCCUGGUCAUUAUAGAUGAAAAGAUGAUUCCUUCAUUAGAAAUUGUAGAAAAUUUAAAUGAGACUGAUGGUCAAACACCUAGUCCAAGUAGAGUAAUUGAGUCAUUAGACUUUGUUAUAGAUAGUUAUGUAGAUGAUACUACCAAUGCAUAUGUCAUGUCCACUUCAGAUGCUCCUUCUGCUUUUGUGUUGUCAAAUAAGCUACUAAAAGGUGAUUUUAGAGAUACGCCAAAUAGUGCUUUACGUAAUUUACUCUUGAAUAAUUUGAAAGAUGAUAUUAAUACAGAAAAUGUAGACAAAAUUUCAAAUGAAAACAAACAGAUCGAUUUUGAUUUGAUUGAUAAAAAUAAUUUAUCAAUCCAAGGUCAAGAUGAUGAAACUCAUAAAUCCGAAAGAGAUCAUACUUCUUCAUGUAGUGAAAUAUCUUAUGUGAGUGCAUCUUCUAGUAUUGACACAGGUCAAAACAAAACUUCAGAUAAUAACCAUUCUGCUGGUAAUACAUCACCAACACAUUCACAACCACCGCCACCACCGCCACCUCCCCCAUUAGAGGGUUUUUCAAGUUUCAUCCCGAAAAAAAAAGAAUCCAAUCCUGAUAAUUCAAAUUCUUUGAAUGAAUCAAAAACUUUGGAGCGACUGAAAACCAAUAAUAGAGAUCCACCAAUGAUUAUCAACAAAAAUUCUCUAAAUUCUGUGAAAUUAAGGCAUGUUCAUAGACCUAGCAUUGAACGAAGUCAUUCAGAAGAUGAUGCCAAGAAAGCUGAAACGGCUACAAGUACCAAAGAACAUUAUUCCAAAGCUAUUCUUUCAAAAGAAAAAGAUAAGAAUUUACCUACAUCUACAUCUGGUUCUUUUGCACCACUAGUGAAUUUGAGACAUGUUAGAAGACCUAGUUUGGAGAAUAGAAAUGAAAAAGAUGCUAUAUCUCAUUCGCAGAAUGAUUCUGAAUCUUUCAAACCAAGUAGAUACGUCAAAAGUAAAUCAGUAAGUAAUCUUGAGAAGGCGUCAUCGAAUGAAAAUUCCGGUAAUAAUACUCUUAAAAGAAUGGGGAUAUCCAAAGACGCCAUAAAUUCGGUAAAACUAAAACCUGUUGUUCGUCCAAAUCUUUCGCUGUAUGCGGAACCUAAAACUGAUCUACCAGAUUCCGUCAAAUUUGGCACUCACGAGUUUGAGGAAUUUAAAGAUAAGUUGAAUGAAAAAUUGAAAAAACCAGUUAAAAUCUUGAGAGAACCUUCUUUUGUGGAUCCUAAAACGGUUCCUGAAAGAUCUGAAAUCAAGGUGAAUAGGGAAAAUGUUAUCGAUGAUAACUUAGAUUUAGCUAAAGCUAGGGCUACAAUGGAAACUGAAGUUGGUAAUAAACUGAAUUACCUGAAAAAUUUGAAAGAAACUGAAAAGUCAUCCAGGAAUGAAGAAACAGAAAGUUCAAUAAUUAAUUAGUUGAAUAAACAUAAUAUUUCCCCAAAUGAAUUUUCGUGACUGCAAAAUUCAAGCAUGCCACUUGAGUAUGGAUAGUUCAGUGAAUUCACUUUUCGGUGUGCUCAAAACACUCGAAACAUAUUCCACUUUGCAAUGGUUACCAAUGCUGUUGCCACUGAUGUCGCUGCAGCGCGUCCAACAAUGGUUGCAGAAUUGAAAGAUUUCUUUCUCUUGUGAGAAUGCAUUGGGAAGGGAAUGCUCUCUGUCGGUUGUUCUGAAGUAUCCAUACUCUGGUGAACCUAUUCAAUCUUAUGGCAUAAUUUCCCCCUUGAAUAAUUUUGGAAUGAAAUGUUAAUCACUGCAUUAAAUUUCGUAAUCGCAAUUGUU